CUCCCACUACAAAAAAAAGUGCAUAUUAAAUCAUUUAAAGUGUAUCACAAAAAUAAGUGAUUGUAUUUUAGAUUAUUUAUUUAUAAAUGAUACAAAUAAUAAUAAGUUAGCAUCAGUUAUAGCAAAUGAUAUCAUUAUUUAUUUAUUUUGCAUCCAUUCAUUAAAAAUGAUACAGUUUUUGUUAUUUUGUAUCAUUUAAACAAAAAUGAUAUUAUUAUACAGAUUGAUAUCAAUUAAAUAAUCGAUGCAUUUAAUUUUUUUUAAAACAUCAUUUGUUAAAAUAAUACAAAACUUACAUCAAUUAAAACUGAUGCUAACAUAAUUAUCUUAACAUUAUAAAUAUUACGUAACUUUUACAUCUAUUUAAUGAAAUAUUGUAUGGCUAAUAUAUAUCUUAAAAUAUACUAGUGUUUUGAGUUGCAGGUAAGUAAAUAUUUAUCCUAUUUUUUUAAAACAAAAUUGGUUUAGAUAUAUACGUUAAGCAACUUAAAGAAUCUUUUUUCUUGUUAGCUUUAGAUCAGCUAGCUAAUUAUUUAAUUUCGACAUUUUCUUCCUAGAUGUUGUUUGACCUUUUUCCUCCACGAGGUAGAAGAUCACAUUUCUGAAAUUGCAAAAUUGGUUGUGAUCAAUCUCAGAUCGAAAUUGCUUAUAAUUAAUUAAGGUAAAUUGAUUCAUGGUUUAUGUAUUUUGAAGUGAAAGAGAUAAUAACUCACUGAUUGUUGACAUGUUUUUGUUUGGCUUCUUCUUCCUAGGGUGCAUUACGAUCAUCCUCACAAUUGUUUACAAAAAAAUUGUCGGUUAGGGAAAGAUCAAAAGUGUGCUUAAUUAUAAGAUUCCAAUGGAUAAAUCAUGGAUAGAAAAGCCACGUUUAUCUCAAGAUUACAAACUAGGAGUAAAAAAAUUCUUGGAUUUUGCAUUUGGUAGAUCAAAUGUACAAAUGAUGAAAUGUCCAUGUAACCGUUGUUCUCUAACCAAGCCUAAGUCAAGAGAAGAUAUGGAAGGUGAUUUGAUGUGCUAUGGCUUUUUAAGUUCAUACACAAGUUGGAUAUUACACGGAGAGGAAAUACACAUUAUAGAGAAUGCAAGAGUACCUUCUGAUAUUGCUCGAGUUCAGUUAGAUUCAACUUCGAAUCUCUUGGAUGAUCUUUUUCCUGAUAUUAAUAUGAAUAUGCAAGGUGAAUAUGGAAAUGACUCAUCUGAGCAACCAAUGAACACCGAUAUACCAUCAACUGCUGGAGAAACUAGUGGAAGAGGAGAAGAUUUUGAGGAGUUAUUUGCUGAUUAUAAUCAAGAGUUAUAUCCAGGAUGCAGUAGCUUCACGAAGUUGUCUUUUAUACUGAAGCUGUACCAUAUUAAAUGUAUGUGUGGGGUCAGUGACAAGGGGAUAUCUAUGGUGCUCGAUUUGAUGAAAGAAGCCUUUACGCAUGCUAAAUUGCCAGAUUCAUUUAAUGACAUGAAAAAGGUUAUUCGCAAAUUAGGCAUGACUUACGAGUCAAUUCAUGCAUGUCCAAAUGAUUGCAUGUUAUAUUGGGAGGCAGAUGCAGAAAGAGAGAUCUGCAAAGUUUGUGAGGUCUCUCGUUGGAAAGAUAAUAAAUCAGUAGAGAGAACGGUUUCUGGAUCAGAGAGAACGGUUUCCAGAUCAGAGAAAGAAAAAACUAAAGCUCCUGCAAAAGUCUUGCGUUAUUUUCCUCUAAAGCCACGACUGCAGCGAUUAUUUAUGUCAUCAAAAACUGCAACCCACAUGAGAUGGCAUGCAACUGCUAGUAACAAUGAUGGCAAGCUUCGACAUCCAAGAGAUGGAUUGGCUUGGAAGGCAUUUGAUCAUCAAUAUCCUGAAUUUGCUUCUGAUUCAAGAAAUGUCAGAUUAGGCUUGGCGACUGAUGGAUUCAACCCUUUUGGUACAAUGAGCAGUAGCUAUAGCAUCUGGCCAGUGAUGUUAUUUCCUUAUAAUUUUCCACCGUGGAUGUCGAUGAAGCAGACAUCAAUGAUUCUCUCUAUGGUUAUUCCUGGAAAACAGAUGCCUGGUAAUGAUAUUGAUGUCUACUUGCAGCCACUUAUCAAAGAGUUGAAAGAGUUAUGGUUUGAUGGGAUUAAAACGCUAGAUGCUUCCACAAAACAAACAUUUGAUAUGCGAGCAGCUCUCAUGUGGACAGUUAGUGAUUUUCCUGGUUUUGGAAAUUUGUCAGGUUGGAAUACAUAUACAACAUCAGCUUGUCCAAGUUGUAAUUAUGAUGGUAUCGGACAACGAUUACGUCAUGGGAAAAAGAAUUGUUUCAUUGGCCAUCGUCGUUUUCUUCCUGCAGAUCAUGGCUUUCGUCAAAAUAGAGCACACUUUGACGGGAAAGUAGAAACCAGAUCUCCACCAGUCACGUUGACAGGCUCUACAAUUGUUCACCAACUAGAACAAGUUAAUGUUACUCUUGGUAAGAAAAACGGUCUAGUUAGAGUUGGAAGAAAGAGAGAUCGAAGUGAUGUUGGAAGAGGUAGUACUCAGCAGUGGAAGAAAAAAAGUAUUUUUUUUGAGUUGCCUUAUUGGGAGUCUACAAUGUUGCGACAUAAUUUGGAUGUCAUGCACAUAGAGAAGAAUGUCUUUGACAAUCUGGCCUACACAUUGUUGGAUGACAAAAAAAAGUCGAAAGAUAAUUUAAAUGCUAGAAAAGAUCUUCGUGAGCUUGGUAUACGUUCGGAUUUGUGGCCUGAUGAUAAUGGGAAGUUUCAAGGUGCAUCAUUUUCUCUGACCAGUCAGGGGAAAGAAUCCUUUUUAAGUGUCUUAAAAAAUGUGAGACUCCCUGAUGGUUAUGCUUCUAACUUAUCAAGUUGUGCUGAUGUUGAUGGUCGAAAAUUAUCAGGCUUAAAAAGUCACGACUGUCACGUGAUAAUGAGAGAUUUAUUAUCAGUGGCCAUUCGGAAUGUCCUACCAACAGAUGUGACAUUAGCCAUUGUUGAACUUUGUCAGUUUUUCAGAGAUAUAUCUGCAAAGGUCCUUGAUAUCGAAGAGCUUGAUAAAUUACAAGACCGUAUUGUGGUGACUUUAUGUCGUAUGGAGAUGUUGUUUCCUCCAUCGUUUUUCACAGUGAUGGUACAUUUGACAGUACAUCUCACACAAGAAGCGAAAUUUGGUGGGCCAGUUCCAUAUCGUUGGAUGUAUCCAAUUGAGAGGACUCUUGGACACUUCAAAUCAUACGUUCGGAAUCGAGCUAAGCCAGAAGGUUCUAUCUGUGAACAAUAUCUAGCUGAUGAGUGUGUAACAUUUUGCUCAAUGUAUCUCAAUGAUAUAGAGACACGAUUUACUCGGGUUAGCCGUGCUGAUGAUCGACCUCUAGCUGAGACUACAAUAAGACCAAAUUCUGAACUACCACUUAUUUUCCCAAAUCUUGGAAGGUUUAUUGGAGCAGGACGAGUUUAUACUCUUAAUCAUAUAGAGAGGCAGCAAGCACAUCGACAUAUAUUGGUCAACUGUCAACUACUUGAUCACUUACGAGAGAAGUAUAAAAAUGAGUUGUUAGGAGAACAAUCUCAUCAGAGCAAGAGGAAUCGUGCUAUCGAUAUUGAUCGUGAAAUGCAUCUUAAUUUUGCAAAAUGGAUCAAGAAAAAAGUGGAGAUGAAUGAGUUAGAAGAGAUAACUGAUGAUUUACGAUGCUUAGCUCUGGGUCCAUCUGAAAAGGUUGUAAAGUAUACAGCUUACAAUGUCAAUGGUUUUAAAUUCCGGACAGAAGAAAGAGAGGCUGACCUGAAAACUCAAAAUAGUGGUGUGUAUGUGGCUGCUGAGACAAUGAGCUAUGCCAGUGCUCGUGAUCCCAACCCAAGAAAAGGGACAGUUGCCUACUACGGUAAUCUGAUUGAAGUUAUUGAGUUAAACUACUAUGAAGUUUUCAAAGUUGUGUUAUUCAAGUGUAAGUGGGCAGACACUCGUACAGAAAGAGGAUAUAAAAUGGAUAUAUAUGGUCAUCAUAUGGUUAAUUUCUCACGCUUGUUACACAGUGGAGAUAAUGAGGAAGAUGAACCAUAUAUAUUAGCGUCUCAGGUGAGAAUGGUAUAUUAUGUGAAUGAUCCUUCGGAGAAAGAGUGGAAUAUUGCAGUUCAUGUUCAACCUAGAGAUUUGUAUGAUAUGGGUGAUUCAAAUGAUUCAGAUCAAGUGGGUGAAGAAUCUGAUCCGGGCAUAUCUGUUUCUACGUAAGAAGGUGUUUGCAAGAUAUAUCAUUGUUGUUGGUGGUCUUGUACUUUAUUGUUUUCUUUGGAACACGAGAUUGUAGAGUACAAACUUACUUGUGGCUACACCAGCUCAUUCUCUCGUAAGCAAAUAGCUACUGGUGACUGCCCUCCGUAAUCCACUGGCUCCUCCUAUCUUAGUCUUCAGUAACCACUAAAGAGUGGUUCUCGUUGUAAUCAAAUCAUCCAUUACAAACCAUCGGAUCCUCACCUCCAGUGCUUUCAGAUUCUAUUGUUCUCUUUCUUUUUUUCUUUUCUCUUUUCUUUGCUCUGUCAUGAGCUUACUUGAAUUUUUCUUAGCUUCCUCUGUAUUUAAAUUACUCUGGUUUUUGUAUCUGGUCUUUGUCUCAUUUUCUUAAAAUGAAAUUCAAGCGUUUGAAAAAAGAAGAAGUUGUGAGUAUAUAUAAUUUACAUCCAAACAAAACAAAUUUUCGUUGCACCCAAAAAGAAAUUAAUAUACGCUGAGCAAUAUAAUUUAUUGAUUACUAUUAGAGAUGAUAAUUAUUGGUGAAAAUAAAAAUAGAAACAGAUCCCGCUACAUUUUAGUUCCAAGCGGGAAUUAUUUUGUUAUCCUUUAAAAAAAAACUGUUUUUAAUAUAUAACUACGUGAUUGUUAUCUAUAAUCCUAAACAAUCUUCUCUCUCAGAAAACCGUCCAAGUUCUAUUAGAGAACAGAAGCUAAAGCUUCUACUCAAGGUAGCGUAACUUACUGAUUCAGGUUUAACGGUUUCUGUGUUUAAAAUUUAUUAUAGUUGAAUCAUGAUUCUUAUUUUCCUGAAUUUCAAUCAUUUUAGGACUAUGGAUUUCAUGGAUUCAGAAACACAAGAACCAGAAGAUUUACCACAUCUGGAAGCUGAGUACAACAUGCCUCCUACACUUGCUCCAGAAUGCAAAAGCUUCAAAUGGAAAAUAGAAGUUAUAGGUAAUAUAAAUAAAGAUCAUCUCUUUAAUUUAUUUAGAAAUUUGUUUUCACAGCAGGUUAUUAAGAUAAAGGUAUUCCGACUGAAAAUCUUAUAACAUUAGAGAGAUUCAAGUUUGGUUUGGUCAAACACUAUUGUAUUUGACGACUUUUAACAAAACGAAAACGCAUAUCUCAUUUAUUAAUCUUGAGUAAGUGCCUUAUUUAGAAUUAAUAUUUACUCUUUACAUAAUAGUUGGACUGGAUCUACUUUAUUCUUAGAAUGUUUAGGCUCGAGAUAUAUAUUAUACAUUGGUUUAUUAUACACUAACUCAUUUUUUUUCUGAUUAACAAGAUAUCAAUGGAAACAUAGAAGGCAAAAUGGUUACAUCUAAAGAUAUCUGGAAAUUGCAAAACAGUAGAGUCAUUGUGCAUUUUGACGAAACUAGCGGCCAACCAAUUGGAGAAUCAGGAGGCUUGCUAGGAUCAUGGUUAGGUCAAUUAAGCAAUGAUGUGAAUUUGCUGCCUAUUAAUUACAGUGAUUGGAGGUUGGUUAAUAUUCACAUCAAAAACAAGGUCUGGGAAGUAAUUCAGGUAACAUAUCAUACAUUCAUCUUAUAUUAAGUUUUGGGCAGUAAUAUGUUUAAGAUGGUUUGUUUUUGAUGAAUUGUUGUAUGUUUUUCAUUUCAGUCCAAAUUCUGGUUUGAUGAUCCGACGAUGAGAAAAGUAUAUGUGAUGGGUGCAUUAGGCAGCAGAUGCAAAGACGUCAGAUUACGUCUUUGGAAAGAGUACAAACGAGAUAAUUUGAGUGACAUGUUGCAGAACCGACCUGAGCAUAUUCCUGAGAAUCAGUGGGGUCAUUUCGUUCACAUGAGAUUUACUGAAAAAUGGAAGGUUGGUUUCUUUGUUAGUUAUUUUAUGUGUCUAUCAAAUACAAGUAACGUUUCUGAGAUUUCAGAAAAUGCAAGAGAGGAAUACAAAAAACCAAAAGAAACAUACAAUGCCUCAUGUAUGUGGAAGAAAGAGUUUUUCAAGGAGAAGAAAUGAGAUU